AGAAGGCGUCGCCUUCCGCCGCGAUGGAGCCGGACGACAAGCCUGUCGAGGACGUUGCCAUGACCGAAGCGGCCCUGGAGCCCCCGGCGCUACCUGCGCCCAAGAAGGGCUCCGACCUGCAGGCCCGGCACACGGGCCCUCUGCUGUGGGUGAUGCUUUUCCUGAUGAGCAAGAUGUCGCGCAUCUUCAGCCGGCUCGUGCUGCUGUCGGUGGGCGCCCUGUAUCCCGCCUACCUGUCGUGCAAGGCUGUGCACACGCGCAGCCCUCGCGACUACGUGCGCUGGAUGAUGUACUGGGUGGUGUUCGCCGCCUUCCUGUGCGUCGAGCCCCUGACCGACGUGCUGUUCGGUUGCUGCCUUCCGCUUUACGCCGAGCUCAAGAUCGCCUUCGUCUUCUGGCUCCAGUCGAGUACCACGCGAGGUGCCAGCCUCGUGUUCCGUAAGCUGCUGCUGCCCGAGUUCACCAGGCGAGAAAGUGACAUCGACGCCCACCUCGGACAGCUGCACACGAGGGCCUCUGAGGUUGGCGCGACGACCGUCCGCUUCAUGACCCAGGCAGUGAUGCACACGGUGUUCAGCCACAUCCGCGAGAACUACAGCGUGGCCGACCUCGUGUCGUCCGACCUGAAGCUGAGCCUGUUCGACCCGAUCGAUGGGUCGUCGUCCCUCGAGGACCCCUCGGAGAUGGCGCUCGGAGACCAGGGCGGGCGCCGCAGGACGCACCGCCGUGUUGAGGACGAGCCCAAGAAGCGGAAGAUCAGCUCCGUCUAGGGAAUUCCGGGGACGAGCAGACGGGGUCUUCCAUUCAUCGGUGCCUCCGCGAAUCACUAUGCCUCACGGGAACUGCGUGUCGUGCUUGAUGGGCGUGUGACAUUUCG